AUGGCACCUCGAGAACAAAGCGCUCUCAAGCGGGGUAGACUCAGCGUGGAUGCCGAUGCACAAGAUUUGAAAAAGCCACGUCGGUCCCAGAGAAUAUCCAGCCAACAUCAGCCACAAGAGACACCGAUCGAUUACGAUUAUCUACCGACUCCGCUAACGCAUGGCCGUUCGACUGCCACGGAUCUCCGUAAUGAAGUGACUGCCACUCCGCCGGACAGUCCGAGUCGAGGCCGUGUACAAUCCCCCCCUAAUGUCGAGUUGUCUCAGCUCCCAUCAUCUCCACCGGGGGAUACGCAGGCCCUCUCGCAAUUUGUCUACCCGCCAAGAGCUUUCGCGGACGAGGUGGAAGAUGAAGACGCAGAGGGCGUUUGGGGAUACCUGAUCCCGCUCAGUGACAAAGUUGGUGGCACAUUCGUCUUGAAGAAGCGUGAUACUUGUGAGAACCGGGAAGAUGCGACCAAAGAUAAGACUGGGAAGAAGUCUCAAUCUCGCAAACAAGGCAGUGCUCGAGCACCUGGCGGUUACCUAGUUGGUCGUCAUCCUGAGUGCGACUUGAUGAUCGAGAUUCCCACGAUAUCAAAUCGUCAUUUUCUUCUAUUUGAGGAGAAGAGAAAAGGUGACGUUGUCGCCAUGCUGGAGGACCUUUCUACUAAUGGAACUUUCGUGAAUGACGCCAUUGUGGGACGAAACAAAUCUCGUGAACUUGAAAAUGGCGAUGAGGUAUCCAUUUUGGACGAUGCCCGGUUUGUCUUUCGCUACCCCAGAACUCGAGACACCAAUCGGUUCCGCCAACAGUAUCAAAUGCACCGCCAACUAGGAAAAGGCCAUUUUGCAGCGGUGUAUUUAUGCGUAGAAGGGUCUACUGGCAAACAAUUUGCGGUCAAGGUCUUUGAGAAGCGCCCAGGUGAUUCACAAAAGUCCCAGUCCCAGUCAGAGACUUUGCAGCAAGAGAUUGCUCUUCUGAAAGGAGUCAAUCACCCCAACCUCCUUUGCCUGAAGGACACAUUUUAUGAAACCGAUGGGGCUUAUCUGAUCCUUGAGCUGGCCCCAGAAGGCGAACUUUUCAAUCUAAUUGUCAGCAAGCAGAAGCUCAGUGAGUCGGAAACUCGUCAUCUAUUCCGACAGCUCCUGGAUGGGCUAAAGUAUUUGCACGAAAGAGGAAUUGUCCAUCGAGACAUCAAGCCCGAGAAUAUUUUACUUGCCGACAAAAAGUUGACAGUCAAGCUCGGUGAUUUCGGUCUUGCCAAGAUCAUUGGCGAGGACUCUUUUACCACCACUUUGUGUGGUACACCCAGUUAUGUUGCGCCCGAAAUUUUACAAGAUACUCGCCGUCGACGGUACACUAAAGCAGUGGACGUCUGGUCCCUCGGGGUAGUUCUCUACAUUUGUCUCUGCGGAUUCCCCCCAUUUUCUGAUGAGUUGUACACCCGAGACAAUCCAUAUACUUUGGCCCAGCAAAUCAAGAUGGGCAAAUUUGACUAUCCCUCGCCAUAUUGGGACUCGGUGGGCGACCCUGCCCUGGACCUGAUCGACCGAAUGCUCACCGUGGAUGUGGACAAACGAAUCACGGUAGACGAGUGUCUUGAACACCCCUGGAUGACCCAGAAGUACCCCAGUGUUACAGACAGCACCGAUGGGCUGACAGGUGCCCUGGGCAAGUUGGAUUUCUCCAAGCGCAAGAUUGAGCGAGAGCGAACUCUGCUGAGCAGUGUCAAUGACGGUGGAUUCAGUGAGCAUGUGGAAGGCAGUGGCACUCCAGUUAAAGUCAUUCACAAGAAUGAUGCUGGCAAGCGGGUUCACAAUCGGCCUGCUAAAGUCAAGCGCCGUGAAGAAUCUCCCGGCAAUAACGGUGGUGCCGAUAAUUUCGUGAACCUCGGCCAAGGUGGUGAUCCCACAUUAUACGAUGACAAACCUGCGGGUCGGGCCAAAUAA